AUGGCAUUGGACUCAAGCUUUGGUUCAGAACAACGAUCUUCGACCGCAAACGUCAACAUAACUAUAGUUGAUGUCAACAAUAAGGCCCCAGAAUUUGGUGAAAUUCCUACGGCUGUUGUGCCCGAAGACGCGCCAAAUCAACAUUUUGUGACCAAAGUUUUGGCCACCGAUUUGGACGACAAACCAGUGCUUCGAUAUUCCAUUGAUUAUACACGAAGUGAAGCUCGCAAUGAGUUUGGAGCCACUGUUGACUACAAUCUCUUUGCGGACAGUUUUACAAUUAAUCCAUUGGACGGUACCGUUAGGGUUGUUAAGAUCCUCAACAGAGAACUUUGGGAUCAAAUUAAGCUCUAUUUGGUGGUCGAAGACAUUGCAGCCGCAACUAAAGGACAAAAGGCUAAAGUUGAUGUCAACAAUAAGGCCCCAGAAUUUGGUGAAAUUCCUACGGCUGUUGUGCCCGAAGACGCGCCAAAUCAACAUUUUGUGACCAAAGUUUUGGCCACCGAUUUGGACGACAAACCAGUUCUUCGAUAUUCCAUUGAUUAUACACGAAGUGAAGCUCGCAAUGAGUUUGGAGCCACUGUUGACUACAAUCUCUUUGCGGACAGUUUUACAAUUAAUCCAUUGGACGGUACCGUUAGGGUCGUUAAGAUCCUCAAUAGAGAACUUUGGGAUCAAAUUAAGCUCUAUUUGGUGGUCGAAGACAUUGCGGCCGCAACUAAAGGACAAAAGGCUAAAGUGUUCUGGCCUCUUCACCGACAAAGACUUGCGUAUCUAUCCCUUGCUAUAAGAACCUAUUUGCACUGCGUAAAGGCGACCGAUACGGGUCAGCCCCCACUUACGGGUCUCUCACUGCUGUCAAUUCAAGUUCUCGAUGAGAACGACAACAAUCCUGUGUUUGUCGGCGAACAGAGACAGGCAUUUAUGAUAGCAGAGGACGCGCCCAUUGGCUCUCUUGUAGCACAGGUUAGCGCUCGCGACGAGGAUUCCGUCACUGUGACUGAUGUUAACGACGAGAUUCCGACAAUUGUUGCCCAAACAAGUGAUUGUGCGAUCGUUAAUGAGUUUCAUCCCAUCAGAGAUAUGAUUACUUUUGUCACUGCUAUUGAUGGCGACGACGCAAAUACUGGAAACGGAAAAGUGGUUUUUGCGAUAAUAGAUGGUAAUAAAGACCGUCUGUUUGACUUCGAGCACUCGCCGCCAAAUGCGGGCAAACUUAUCAGUCGGUCGUCAUUGAGAGGUCGAGUCGGCAAUUAUACGCUGUCUGUAAAGGCAGAAGACGGCGGACGACCACAACUCUCCUCCACAGCUAAUAUACAUAUAUGUGUGACUGAUGUGAACGAUCACAACCCUAUGUUUGUUAAGCCGCCCUCCAAUAUAACGAUUCGCAUACCAGAGAACGCAACCAUUGGUUCAACUGUUGUAGAAGUGAUGGCCACCGAUGAGGACUGGGGUGUGAACGCUGUUGUCAGAUAUAAAUUGAGACAAUUGCCAAACAAUCACUGGAGAUCUUUCGCCAUAAAUGAAGUGACGGGUGUUAUAACUGUUGCCAAACAAUUGGAUAGAGAGGCGCAAAGAGUUCAUGAAUUGAGAGUCCAGGCAUACGAUUUGGGUGAACCCACAUCUCUGUCCACUGAUUUAGAUCUAACUAUUUUGGUGGCAAAUGUCGAUGACUUUGAGCCUGAAUUUACUCAGGAUGUCUUCCAAGUUGUGUUUACAGAAAAUACUCUUCCGGAAAUAGAAAAAUACAAGUUAUUGCCGACAAUAGACAAAGAUGAUUACGACUUGAUAGACCCCGCGGUUGGCUUUAAGUCUAUUCCAUGUUAUCAUAUCGUAGGUGGCGAUGGCGGACACCUCUUCCGAUUGAAUACAUUUACACAUGAAUUGACGACAACUCAAUCAUUAGACCGCGAAUUCAAGGAUAACUAUACUCUUAUAGUUCAGGCGACAAACGAUUGUUUCAAAAUCCCUCCAAAUAUCACUCACUUCGACAAUAAAGAUAAUUCACUGCUUCAGGUGUUGAUUGGUGUACGAGAUGUGAACGACAACUCUCCU